AUGAUUGCAAAAACUCACUGCAACGGUAAUAUAAAGCUAGGUCCACUAGGAACAGUCGGUGGAGAUACAUUUGACAUUUUCAGCGUUAAUAAUCAGAAUAUAUCAGAAUGAAUAAUUUAGUGAUCUGCAUUGUGGUACUAUCAGCUUUUGUCGGCUAUGCAUCGGCAGUAAAUUGUACAACAUUAGCUGACGGCAAUUAUGAACUUGGCUGCAAGUCUUUCGCAAAAUGUGUGAGAGGCCAGUCCUCCAUAGUGGACUGCCCAGAAAAAAUGGUGUACAACAACAACACUGGAAUGUGUGACGACCCUGCGAACGUGCCGCCCCCAUGUGGAAAUCUCAUUGACUGCUCCAGUACUGCCGAUGGACAGUAUGCCGAUAAGGAUCAAAACUGCAAGACAUGGUACACGUGCAAUGAUAACAAAUUUUUAGGACACAAUUUCUGCCCUGAAGGAACAGUAUUUGACGAGAAUUUGCACACGUGCAACUGGGAGAAUGCUGUACCACCGCCCUGUGGAACUCUAGCAGGAAAAUAGAUUAGUCAAAGACAAUUUCAGAGAUUAAACGUUCAUUGCUGUGAUGUUUAUACUAAUUAAUUAUUAAUGAUCAACUCUUUCGAUAUCGGAAAAUUAGGAUUACAAAAUUAAUACAUUUCAUACUUGCACUGUUAUUUAAACAAAUCUGUUAGCUGUACAAAAAUAUUCAAAAUUAAACUAUAUCUGGACUA